GGAGGCCUUUACGCAGGUAUUGACACACGUCGCCGAACAGUUCAGCAACUCUCAAAAUAUGGAUUUGAACAGAGUAUUCAAAGUGGAGGAGAUGAAGGCAGACAUAACCAAACGGAUCAACAUACUGGAGCGCAGGCUGGAACUUGAAGGAUUAAAAGCGGUGGAGAUUGAAAAAUGCAAGCGGGAUAUAUCUGAUAUAAAAAAUCAAAUUUGGACAACACAGAAAAAAUAUGUUGAUUUCAGCACUAUGAGUGCAUUGAGUGAUGAGAGGAAGAUCAGCUUGAAGCGAGAUGUACCGUCCUACCCAAAGUACACACUUUCCCAAGAGACAGUGGAUUACCUCAAACAGCCAACCUUUGACAUUUGGCAUUGGGAGCCGAAUGAGAUGCUAAGCCUCCUUGAACACAUGUACCAUGAGUUGGGAUUGGUGACAGAAUUCAAUAUUAAUCCGAUCACGCUGAAACGUUGGCUGCUCUGUGUGCAGGAAAAUUACCGGAACAAUCCUUUCCAUAACUUCCGGCACUGCUUCUGUGUGACACAGAUGAUGUACGGAAUGAUUCAGCUGUGCAAGCUCUGGGAGAAGAUGUCACGUGAGGACCUCGGCGUACUGCUCACCUCCUGCAUCUGUCACGACCUUGAUCAUCCAGGCUACAACAACACCUAUCAGAUCAACGCGCGGACGGAACUGGCUAUCCGAUACAAUGAUAUUUCUCCCUUGGAAAACCACCACUGUGCAGUUGCAUUCAAAAUACUCUCCAACCCAGAAUGCAAUAUCUUUUCAAAUACAGAUAAAGAAGUCUACAAACGGAUACGCGCUGGGAUGCUGGUUCUCAUACUCGCAACAGACAUGGCCAAACACAAGGAUAUCGUGGAAAAACUCAAGUCAAUUAUUCCCAUCAUUAAUUACAACGAUCCUGACCAUGUUCAGGCGCUGAAGAUGGUGUUUAUCAAGUGUUGCGAUAUCUCUAAUGAGGUGCGCCCUAUGGAGGUAUCUGACCCGUGGGUAGACUGUCUGCUCGAGGAGUAUUUCAAUCAGUCUGACAGGGAGAAAAUGGAGGGAUUGCCCGUAGCUCCUUUCAUGGACAGAGAAAAAGUGACAAAACCUACGGCACAGAUAGGGUUCAUCAAGUUUGUUCUCAUACCAAUGUUUGAGACGGUAGCUCAGCUCUUUCCAAUCAUUGAUAGCACCAUGGUGGAGCCGCUCAGAAUAGCACGAGAUCGGUACGAGAAUAUGAAGGAGGCACCAACACCUACCACAACAGUAAAGAAGGACGACUCGUAACAGCCGUGGUUUGUUGAUGUCAGACAUUGGCCUGGACUAAUGGCUCUCCGGACAGUUAUGGACGUACUCCUGUGAUGAUGCGAACUGUGUUGAACAUAUUCCAUAUAUAUAUAUAUAUAUAUGCUACAAGCAUCAUACUAUUUAUGGUUCAUUGUUUUUUAUUCCAAUACUGAUUGGCUAAAAUGACACUGCUAAUUUAUAAUUUAUGAAAGGGAGACAACUGGAGUACUCCGUCCACCCUUCUUGUUACAUUGGGCAGUGUUGAACCUUGUGUUAUUACAGUUAUAUACUUACAUAAGCUUAUGUGUGUAAUAAGAUUUAAUAAUGAAAAACGUCUUAAACCUAGACAUAUCAAUUACAUCGGAGCUCUGAUAAAAGUAGGUAGACACCAUCCAUCAAUGUCAGGACAAUAACAACAGUAUGAUCGAUAGAAACACAUGUAUGGAUGUAGACAAAAUAAAUAUCUAACAUGCCUAACAGAAUAUUUAAAAAACAUUCUCGACAACAGCGUCACCUAUUAAAACACAGCAGAGCCAGUAACCAGGUAAUGUUUCCUUGUUCAUGUCUCAGACUAACA